AUUACGACGUAAUUUAUAUAACUUUAAUGUACGCUAUAAUGAUUGAUAAAUUGCGGUCGUUCAAACACAAUAUACACCUGUUUUUAUGUCUUAUACAGAAAAAAUAAUCCUGUUUUUAGUCAACUUAUUCAUCAACAAAUGUCAUAAAAAACCACAGAAACAUUAUUGGACAAUAUAAAUAAGAGGAACUUCUUGGAACUUCCAUUCAAGAAUCGGAGGUACAGCAGAAUACAUCAAAGAUCCAAGUAGAACCAUGUUGGCUCUUGUUGUUUUUGGAAUCGUGUGUGGGUUGUCAUCAGCCUUUAACUACGGAUACGGGGGCUAUGGAGGAUAUGGCCUGGGUUCUGGCCUAGGAGGGGGUCUUGGUGGCCUCGGCUCUCUAGGAGGCCUCGGCAGACUUGGUCCUGGUCUUGGUGGAUUGGGUUCAGGAUAUAGCUAUUACAACUCCUACAACUCCUACCCCUAUGGAGGUGGAUACGGCGGAGGCCUUGGACUAGGAGGAGGCAUGGGAUUAGGAGGACUGGGUGGAUACGGCGGAUAUGGAGGAUAUGGACUUGGAGGACUUGGUGGAGGCCUUGGUGGAUAUGGCGGCCUAGGAGGAUAUGGAGGCCUAGGAGGAUAUGGCGGAUAUGGCUUAGGAGGAUUAGGUGGAGGCCUAGGUAGAGGAUUAGGAGGUUAUGGAGGAUAUGGCCUGGGAGGACUAGGAGGUGGACUCGGAGGACUUGGUGGAAGCCUAGGAGGUCUUGGAGGAUAUGGAGGAUACGGACUCGGCGGAUUAGGAGGAGGACUAGGAGGCGGACUAGGAGGACUAGGCUACUCAUCAAGAGGAUAUAGCAAGAAAGUCUACUAAAGAACUCCUGAAUCAACCUCUGAUACGUUUGUACGACUUUUAACAAUGCACUGAAAGUCCCAUCUUUUCUGCAAUUUCAUAUCGUCAAUAAUGUUUUUAUAUCUAUGAUUUUGCGAGAUGAUGGUAUAUUACUUUUGACAUAUUGUGCAUGUCGAAAAUAUGUUUAAAAAAUAAAUAUUGUUUGCACUCAU